GCUGAGCCAUACGUGCACUUGUGUGUUUCUUGGGUGCUGGAUUCUUGAGCUUAGUAUUUGAGUGUGUGAGAGUUGAUCUGCAUGAGAAUGAGCGUGUGAGCAUCUCUGGAGCAUCUUUUGUGUGGAGGAGCAUGUGUGCAGAGUGAGAGACAGUGUGAGGAUGCGUGGUGGGCAGGUGUUGUUGUGAUCGGUGGAUUUUUCGGUGUACUAUCGUCGUGCUGUCUGCCUCCCCCUCCCUCCCAUUUGGUUAUCUUGUGAGGGCAAAUAGCAUCCUGCUGGGAUGUCCACCUCGCCUGGUGCAACAGACGGGAGCCAAAGGAACUCCUUGGAGCUGGAUGCGGAGCACCCACAGAGAGUCCCUGGGGCAGAACACGGUGGGGUCCCGCCCCCCCAAGUCAAGCUGAAAGAGAGGCAGAAGUUCUUUGAGGAGGCCUUUCAGCAAGACAUGGAGCAGUACCUGUCUACUGGCUACCUGCAGAUCGCAGAGAGGAGAGAGCCAAUAGGAAGCAUGUCAUCCAUGGAGGUGAAUGUGGACAUGCUGGAGCAGAUGGAUCUGAUGGACAUGUCCGACCACGAGGCCCUGGAUGUGUUUCUGCACUCUGGGGGAGAGGACAACAGCGCUGCUUCACCUGUCACAGGUCAUGAUGUUGAGGGCUUCACCACAGAGAUCAGUCUCCAGGUUCCCACCCAGGCUGAGCUUCGCCACAAGCUUUCUUCCCUUUCAUCCACCUGCACUGACUCAGCCAGCCAGGACACAGAGGCCGGGGAGGAGGAUGAGGAUGAUGAGGAGGAGGAGACUGAGCAAGGAGGAGGAGGAGGAGGAGGUGUUGGAGGAUCAGGGGGAGGAGGGAGGAGGAGAAGGCCACCAGUGGUGGUGACCCUGGAUGAAGAGGAGGUGCACCCCGAUACAGCGUUGGUGGACAGGGUGGACCAAGAGGACCAGACCAGCAAAGACUGUGAGGAAGGCAGGCUGAAGGUUUGAGGCGAGCUGGACUGGAUUUAAACACAAACACACAAACAUACAGAGCUGCCAAAUCAAACUCAGAUGCAUAACAAACAUUGGCUUCCUUCUCAAAUUUCUUUCAUAUUGAAGAAAAAAAACAUAUGAAAGAAAACACGUUGAGGUUGCACUAACUGCCACAUGACCUUGCCUUAAAACACUGCUGAGUUUUCAAUUCUAAUUGAAUCCUGAAAAAGUUUUCUUUAGCAUACUAGGAUUGAAUGACUUAACAUGCACAUUAAUAGUCUGGCAUCAUUCAGUGAGUGCUCUAACGUUCUGUUUCUGUGUUUGUGCAUGUGAGCCUGUUACUGAUAAGUGAUGGGGACAUACAGAAGUAUCCGCUAAAAUCAUCCAUAUGUCCCUUUCAGGUAGCAUCCUGCCAUGCACCUUGCUAAUACUUUAGCAUACCUUGUGCUGUUGUGCAUUCUUAUAUGUAUUGGUGAAACUUCUUCACUAUAUAAAUAUAUGAUGGUGUUUUGAACUUCCAAGUCCUUGCCAAAAUAAAGAAGCUUUCUGCCAGCUUUAUGACAUGCGUUAUUUUUAAAACUUACCACAGGUCACCGUAGUAAAAUAAGUUUUUUACUAAAAACUACUACUAAAUUACUAAACAUGUCUCAUUUGGACUUUAUUAAUGUUGUGUGCCUAUGAUCACUUAAAGGGUCUGUUCAUCCAAAUU